GGCUGGGGGCAAAGGCCACUUUCUGCUGCAGCCGGAGUGUCUUAACUUGCAGCUUCUCUGAGGGGCUGACAGCUGGGCAUGGGCCUCCCGAGGCUUCGCCAUGAGCUUCCUGAUCGACUCCAGCAUCAUGAUCACCUCCCAGAUACUGUUUUUUGGAUUCGGUUGGCUUUUCUUCAUGCGCCAGUUGUUUAAGGACUAUGAGGUGCGGCAGUACGUUGUGCAGGUGAUCUUCUCCGUGACCUUUGCGUUUUCCUGCACCAUGUUUGAGCUUAUCAUCUUUGAAAUCCUGGGAGUUCUGAACAGCAGCUCCCGUUACUUUCACUGGAAGAUGAACCUGUGUGUGAUUCUGCUCAUCCUGGUCUUCAUGGUCCCUUUCUACAUUGGUUAUUUUAUCGUGAGUAACAUCCAACUUUUGCACAAGCAGCGCCUGCUCUUCUCCUGUCUCCUAUGGCUGACCUUCAUGUACUUCUUCUGGAAGCUGGGCGAUCCGUUUCCCAUUCUCAGCCCAAAGCAUGGGAUCUUGUCCAUAGAACAGCUCAUCAGCCGGGUGGGCGUGAUCGGGGUGACGCUCAUGGCUCUGCUGUCCGGAUUUGGCGCUGUCAACUGCCCGUACACAUACAUGUCCUACUUCCUUAGGAACGUGACUGACACGGAUAUCCUGGCCCUGGAACGGCGGCUGUUGCAGACCAUGGACAUGAUCAUAAGCAAAAAGAAAAGGAUGGCCGUGGCACGGAGAACCAUGUUCCAGAGGGGGGAGGUGCAGAACAAGCCGUCAGGACUCUGGGGCAUGCUGAAGAGCGUGACUGCAUCAGCCCCAGGAAGCGAAAAUCUGACUCUUAUUCAACAGGAAGUAGAUGCUCUGGAAGAACUAAGCAGGCAGCUUUUUCUGGAAACAGCUGACCUGUAUGCUACUAAGGAAAGAAUUGAAUACUCCAAAACAUUCAAGGGGAAGUAUUUCAAUUUCCUGGGUUACUUUUUCUCUAUUUACUGUGUCUGGAAAAUUUUUAUGGCAACCAUCAAUAUUGUUCUUGAUCGAGUUGGGAAGACUGACCCUGUCACCAGAGGCAUUGAGAUCACCGUGAAUUACCUGGGGAUCCAAUUUGACGUCAAGUUCUGGUCCCAGCAUAUUUCCUUCAUUCUGGUUGGAAUAAUCAUUGUCACAUCCAUCAGAGGACUGCUGAUCACUCUGACCAAGUUCUUCUAUGCCAUCUCCAGCAGUAAGUCCUCCAAUGUCAUCGUCCUGCUGUUAGCACAGAUAAUGGGCAUGUACUUCGUCUCUUCCGUGCUGCUGAUCCGAAUGAGCAUGCCCCCAGAAUACCGCACCAUAAUCACAGAGGUCCUGGGAGAACUCCAGUUCAACUUCUAUCACCGCUGGUUUGAUGUCAUCUUCCUCGUCAGCGCCCUCUCCAGCAUCCUGUUCCUCUACCUGGCUCACAAGCAGGCACCAGAGAAACAUAUGGCACCCUGAACUGAGACCCAUUGCAAACUGUGAGCAAAGGAGACACAAUGGGAGCUACCAGGGCCUUAAGUCCUUGAAGCAGAGGAGCUGCUGGGGCAGUUUAGUCUGCCUCCACAGGCCUUCCUCCUGCCAGGGAGCCUGUGUGGGUCUGAGGCUGUGCAAAUGGGGAGGGGGAGGGUCAGGGCCAGAGGAGACCCUGGUGCUCCUCAGGUGCCUUCGUUUGAAAAAUUUAGUAAAAUCAGAGUUUGUAACACUGUGGCCUUGGGUUUACUUAUCAGUCCCAGCUUGGUGUGCUGUGUUAUUGUGGAAAUGUGAAUACGUCUCUCCCGCCCCACCUGACUUUACCCAGAAAAAUACCCAAAGGUUGUCUGCUCUUUUCUGGAAAAGGGAUGGUAAGCAACUGAUAGAUUUUACCAGAAGAUUUAGGUGUGCCAUUUUUUAUUUCCUUUUAAAUCAGGGAAGAGUGG